AUGACAAUCCUAUCCAUGCGGGAGCUUCUCCAGUUCCCUACUGGUGAUAACGAAACGGAUACAGUGAUAAAUGGCAUUCACUUCAAUACUACAACCUUGAAUCAUUUCAACUAUACCCUUUAUUCGAAUGGGACUCUAUCGAACGGCUCCAGCUGUUGGCUAACCUUCGAUAUCUACAAACCAUAUCUUUUGUCGAACGGAACCUUUAUAAAUGGCACAUCGUGCUAUGUACCGAUCAAGGGGCUGAAAACUAGAGGGAGUGUCGGAAUUGCCUUUGCAGCUCUUUUUGCAGCCACAUUACUCUCUGCGAUCAUUAACCUCCGAAAACAUGGUGAACGCUUGCUGCCGAUUGAAAAGAGAUGGACUAUUGUUGGAAGACGGUCACAGUGGUAUUGGAUGAUAUUUCUCGCAAUCUGUGGAGUUGUUAGUUGCUUUAUGAGCAUUGAUGUUGAUCGUGACUAUUUGCCACAGUCAGCAAUUGUGUUACAGAGCUUUUUCUAUUAUCUGAUGAUCCCUGUCAUGCUUGCGGUAGUUUGGGAAGCUGUGAGGCACUGGGGAUCAUGGCAGGAACGACAAAUAGUCGAUCGAGAUAAUUUUGCAUUCCCCGCUGCAACAACGAGAGAACGUCAAGAACUGUAUAUGCCGCUAGUAUUUUACCUUUUUGCGUUCUUGUCCUUCUUUUUAUAUAUCCCAAGGUCGUGGUCAGCAAUAGAGAAACAACGAACUUUCGACCAACAAGAAGCCGUGGCUAGACCUGCCGCAACUGAUGCCCGAUUUAAAGCUGGAAGUAUCAUUGGAGGUAUUUGCAUCUUUAUAAUCUGCUACAGCCUUGGACAUAGCCUAUACAGAUAUAAGUGGCAGGCUCAAGCACGACCGUCGCUUGUUUUCUUAGUUACGUCCGCCCCACUCAAGUUUAUCAUCGUCAUUACUCUUGCGAGCGUCUCCAUUGCUUUCAAUGUUGCAUCCUCGUUUAUCUGGAUGAUUUCUCCCCUAAAAUAUGAUGGUGGAGCGGGAUAUCUAUACGGCUUGGGCUACGGGCCACAUCUCAUGAUCAUGACGGUUCUUAAUAUCUUUGGCUAUCUUGAUUCAAACGAGGAUAGAGAAUUAAUAAAACAGCGAAUCCAGCGAGGACACGCUUCCGAUGCGGAACUCGGUAUUGAAGCCGGUAGAAGAAAGCCUACAUGGUGGAGGAGGCUUAGACCCGACUUCAAAGGCAAUAUUGGAAACAGUUAUGAGUCCAGACUCCGCGCUCUGACGACAGAGGUUGGCGGUGGCAGGCCUACGCAGCGAAAUAUAGAGCAAAGGGUAGAGAUGGGCGUCAUUGAUACAAGUCGCUAUAGGGAUUCUGUUGAUUCUCAAGCGCCGAGGAACCCAGACCCGUUCGCAGACGAGCACCGCCACUCUCCAGACAGAAAUUGCCAGCUCACUGGUAGCGGUUCUCCCGAAUCAAGAAUCGAACCUGGACUCAGCACAGGUCACCUGCAAAGCAGUGCCGCAAGUAACUUCUCUCAAUCGUCUGGAGAAACACUUGUCUCUCAAGCCAGACAUCAGCAAAAUGUCAGAAGAGUCAAUGGAAUGAUUUCCUCUAUUAUACCAAGGGUUAAUAUAAUCCAGAAGACACUCAACUCAUUAGCUGGAUUUGUAAAAGGCACUAGAUUAUUGUAUACCAUCUAA